AUGGAAAGUCGACCCGAUACCAAAGGAAUGUGCCACGCGACAGUGGCAGCAACUGUUCCAGUAUUAUUCAUGACGCUGAUGAGGUGCGGCAUGGCGCAAACAGUAACGGAACCGUCUUCGGACAAAGUAACAAACCUCUGUACAGAGGCCAAGUAUACGGAAUAUUUGGCGAGUCGAAUCGUAGCGGUAGCAGAGAGGCAGGAGCGCGAAAUAUCCGACAUGCAAAUUUAUUCAGAGGCAUGGAAUCUCCUUGCCGCCAGCACAAACCAAACAGACAAGCGUGCCGCGACAUAUGCCCUUGCUACGUACAUGUCCACCGCGGCGGAAACAGCAAGGCGGGCACACGCUGGAAAAUACAAAGCAGCAGUGGCAACUGCGAAGUUGCUACACAGGAGGUCGGCGCUAACGCGUACGUUGCUAACGAUGAGAAUCCGGGGAAAGACAAUAGUUGGAAUAAGCAAAGAGGCCAACGGCAUAGGAAUAUGCCCUGGUGAAGCAACACCAACAUUAAGCGGCGACAGUAGUUGCGCGCACCGAACCAAUGACAGCAACCAACCAGAAGGUAUUGCUGUGAACUUGAAGGCAGCGACGCACAUAAAAUUGCUAAAUAGCAGUGCACUAAGACCUCGGGGGUUAACCCAUCUAGUUGAGAUAAAAGAAACGAAGUGGCCAGCAAGCAGAGAAGCAUUAGUCGAGAGGUGCGGGGGCUUGUUGGGAGGUGACCAUUAUGUUAAAUUCGAAGCAUCAACCACAGGAGAAGACAGCAAAAUCAUAGUAGAGCCGAUUAAGAUAUUUGAGGGUGACGAUGCGGAGAAAAACUGCGCUGUCGUACAGAAAGAAUCUAUGAAAUCAGAAAAGGACAAUGAUCUACUGAUCAACAAAAUAUGCACCUACAUAACAAUACUCGACCCGCAGAUUAUAACCAUAUCCAGUUUGACGCCUGCCAUGUUAGCAAACACGAGCACAGUCCAAAUGGCGUUCAAAAGCUUCGUUCAUGCAGCAACCGGUAAAGCACCUAGCGACGGCGAAAUCGAGUUGCAACUUAAGAGCCUUUACGGUGGGGACAAGCAAAACUUCACCAGAGACUUCGUAAAAAUUCUGUGGACGAAGAACGUGACAUACCACACGGGCGCAGGAUUCAAAACUGAGACGCUCCUUGAUGCGGUUAGAAACAAAAACGCACAGAGGGCUCUAAUCUAUCUGGAAGAUCAAAGACCAGCAGAGGAGUCAAAACAGACACAAACGGACGAGAGUGAAAUCAACGGCCCGGUCUGCGGAGGUGAGGGCCAAGAGGAGUGCAAAUUGGAUGAAAAGAAAGACCCGGAGAAACCGAACGGAACUCAAAUGCGGAAAUGGCCUAAAGCACUCCAGUGGAUGAUCACACGACAAGGAGGAAAUUGCAAAACAAUACAGCAAGAAGAUUGUAAAGAAGACUGUACAUGGGAUGAGGGAGCUUGUGACGGCGCAGUUGGCAUUUCUGCUUCGAUGAAUAUUUCUCUGUUCAUGGCAUUUUUGCUUCUAGCAUAA